AAACAACGAGCAAGAUUUUCUUGUAUCGGCUACAGUUUACAAAGCACGCCACCUGCAACACUUGAACUGCGACACUUUCGUAAUGGUAUCCUGCAAUGGCAAACACAAACGCACAAGGAUUGCCUAUCGAACCGACAAUCCCUACUUCAAUGAGUAUUUUAGCUUUUCGUUGUACUGUUCUGAGCGAAAACUUCGAAGGAAGGGCAUUAAGUUCUCUUUAUAUCGACCCUCCGUUUGCACUACAAUGCAUUCAUGUAUUGGCGAAUUUCAUGUCGAUCUGAACACAGUUUGGGAGCAGAAAAAUCAUGGGUUUUCCAAAAAAUGGGCUUCGUUUGAACCCAUCGGAAGGGCACCAUCGAUCAAGCUGCACUGUGGAUAUCUCUUGAUCGAUGUAUCGAUUUCAUGCGCUAUGGAAGUUCCAUCACCUAUAAAGCUAUACGAUGAGGAGGCCUACGAAGUAAUUGAAAGCAAUCGGCUUCUUCCCAUUCCUGAUGCAAAUGAAGAGCUGCAAAGAGUACGAUAUUGUUGCAACAUUUAUCGAGGAGAGUUUGUUGCUAGCGCUGAGUAUGCCGUUCGUGUUUCAUACGGAGGUUUAAAGGUACGCACAAAACCCAGCACAUUUGGUAGAAGCUUUCGUUGGAACGAAAAAUUGUGCUUUGUUGGAACGAAUCCCUCGCCGAAUCAAAUCAUCGGCAUAGACCUACUGACGACGAAUUGCUGCUACAGCAAUGUAAAAGCUGCAAAAGAUAUCCAUUUCUCGUCCUUAGCUAUGCGAACAGAUGAUGUGUAUAAUUUGCCAACCUACGGGCCAGCAUGGUUACCGCUUUACGGUGGAACCCAAGACUCGCAGUACGUCGGUAGACUGUUGAUUUCAAUCAGCACCGAAAUAUUAUCCAUUCAAUCGGUUCCUGCGCACAAAACUCAAGCCAUUCGAUUGUACGAACCGCUGGUGGAAUCCAACUACUGGGAAGAGCAGGUGUUCGUUAUUAGAUUCCGAAUCAUAGCACUGCAGCUAUUCAGUCAUCUGCAACCUUUGCAUCGAAUGUUGGUUUAUCUUAGCUGUGCAGACAUCCAUUCCAAAGUCAACACUUUGCCAAUAGAGAAACUAACAUUAUCGCGAAGGUCACAGGCUGUCCGAUGUGUGGACGGCGCGGAGACGAUUUUCACGAUUAAGGUGCAGCUACCAGACUAUAGGCAUAAAUACUUUAUACAAGCAGCUCUUGGCAAGUUGUGCGAAGGAGCUGAACAGUUGCAAGACUUGUUAAGAGGUGCUAUGCUGUGUUUUGAUGGGAAAAAUGGUAUUCUUAGCAAACGAGAGCAUUUUAUUCGUUUGCUCGUACAACUAGACUCAGAAUGUAUGAGAGCUCACGAGCAAAUCGCAGAAUCGACGUACAAACAGCAUACAAAAUUGGAUCAAGUGCGAAAAAGUCACAUCUUACAACAAUUGUUAUCCGUGAAAUCUGAGCUGGUUGCUUUAAAGACAAGUUUGGCUGUUGCCACCAACUUUGAGGAAGCGUCCCAUGUCAUGCUAGAGUUUGAAAAUAUGUUAAACAAUUUAUCGAAGCUUGACCAUGACGUAAGACUUCUAAUGAAAACUGUAUCAUCCAAUUAA